GUUUGAGUUGCCAUAGCACAGUGAAGCUGAGAGUUUUCUGUUUGGCAGGAGAUCAGCUGCAACUUAAUACUUUUGUUACUCAAAGUGUAUAACAAAUACUCAUCAUUUUAAGCGUUUAUUGCAUGUAUGAACUGGUUGGAAUUUAACUUUUCCUGGGAGCAAAGAGGAAUAGUUAGCCUUGGAGCUAGCUCGCUAACGCCGAUGGAGAUUUUGCCACUUGUUGCUAACGAAGAGCAUCAUCGGUUACAACAACAAUGAUCUGAGGGGUCUGUGAUGCAAAACAAAACUUUAAAGUACUACAUAUGUAUAUUAUUCGGUAGAUGUCUAACUUUGAAGACCUCAGUGAACGGGCAACUUGUUUGUUUACAAUGACAACAAAAGGUUUAGGGAAGAAAGUGCAAAUCCUGUGUAGUUUGUGUGUUAAUGCGAUUAUGGACCCAUUCAGGAGCUAGCAUGGACGAUUAGUACAGCCUCAAACCAGGGAAACAUUCAUUGUUUUCACGAUUGCUUGGAAUGUCCUCAAGUAUGAAUACAUCCAGUGAGUCGGAUACUUAUGAGAGGACCCGGGGCCAGAGGGUGAGGGGCCGAAGACAGAGCCGUGACAGAGGCAGAGCAAGAGAUGCCCCAACUUCUGAGAUCUCCAGUAAAAUCAGCACUCUGGCAAAUACUCUACAGAGCACAAGCAAAAACUUAAAUAAAGUUGACCGAAUGCUUGGUCAGUACAGGGAGCAUACAGAUGACCAAGCUGAAGCCAUGGCUCUGCUUAGGGAAAACUUGGAGGACUCCAUCAGCCAGCUGCAGGCCCAGCGGCUGAGCGGGCGCAGCGGGACCAAAAGUGCCUCUGCUUCAGCCUCACCUCUUCACACAAGUGACCUAGAUCUCUACUCUGAAUCAGAUAGUCGACGCCUUCGCCCGACUUCUCCCUUGAGAGACUACAGGAGUUCUCCAGAACGAAGGAGGAGGUCCCACUCAAGUGUUCGCUUCAAGGAUGCUCAGCUGACAGGAGAAGAGAUCCACACUUUACACCAGUCCCUGAGGGAUCUUCGUAGUGACCAGCAAAGACUAGCAGAUGACCUGGGAAGAGAAAUUCUCAGGAGAAAUAGGGCCGAUAUUGACACGCGGCGAGCAAUGGAGAACCUCUCGGAGCAUAUGACAGCCUCACAAAGACAGGAUGCAGUCUCGUCUCUUGUGGAACGGCGUCUGCAGGAGCUGGAGCUGGAGAGGGAGCUGGAGAGAGAACUGACCUCGGAGAAAAGGGUCCCAGAGCGCGGUAGGAGGACGGAGCGGCGAGCGGCCAUGUGCCAUGUUGAGGAGCUUCCCGAACACCACAAACUCCAACCCAAGGAGGGAAAUGAGAGCAUCACUGAGAGGCUGCUCCAAGUGGAAAGAGAAAGGACCAAGAUGGAGGUGGAGCUGGACCGAGCCCGCAGACUUCUGGAGCAGUCGGAGGACAGCAGAGAGUCUUUGGUUCAGCAGGUGGAGGAUAUGCGUGGUGAGUUGCAGAGGAGCAGAAAAGCCCACAGUGAAGCGCAGAGGGGCCGUCUGGAGUCGUCACAGCCCAUUGCCCCUCCACAUGGCCCCCACACUGAGAGGGAGGAGAGGGGAAGCGGAGCGGGAGGCACAGAGCGCUCAGACCUGGAGAAGGAGGUGUCUGAGCUUAAAGAGCAGCUGCGCAGAGCCUCGGUGAUGGGGGAGGUGGAGGAGCUGAAAAGGGCUUUGGCUCGAGAGGAGAAGGAGAAGAGCCAGCUCUCCUUACAAGUUCAGGAGCUGACGUCAGAUCUGGCACGGCGAGAACAGCAGCAACUUCGAAUGCUCGAGCAACUGAAAGAAUUACAGGGCUGUGAGAAUGCUGAGAAGAGGCAGUUGGAGGAGAUGCUGGAGGACAGUAAGAGGAGCCGAGACGAGCUGAAAUCCAAAGCCCAGGAGGCCAUCCGUCAGUGGAGGGCGAAGUGUAAGAGGCUGCAGAGAGAGCGCGAGGAGCAGGCAGCGGGGGAAAGGGAGAGUUCUCAUGCACAGAUGAAGGCGCUGAGCCAGCAGACAGAGGCGGCCCGCAGGGAGCUGGCUGAAAUCCUAGGCCGCCUCGCCCAUCGGGAAGAGGAGCUGCGGCGCAAGGACGUGGAGCUGUCCGAUAGUCGCCAACGGCAACUGUCUCUGGAGCAGGAAGUCAGGGAGAUACGGGAGGCCUACACCUCUCUGGAGCAGGAAGCCCGUAAUCAAGUGGCUGUACAUAAGCGACUAAAGGAAGAAAACCAAAGACUGGAGGAGAGGAUGGAGUCACAGGUCCGCCGGCAACAGAAGGACGAAGAGCAGCACACAGAGCUCCAAAACACAGUAAAACAGGUCACGUCCUCCCACGCUCAGCUGGUUCAGAGGUUAUCGGAGGAGGAGAGCCUAAGGAAAGAACUCCAAAAGUCCCACUCAGAGCUCCGGGACAAACUGAUGUCUGUGCAGGAAGAGAGGGCCGCUUUGGGAAAACAGCUGCAGCUACAGAGGGAGGUGCACCAGAAAGAACUGGACAAUAUGAAGGCAGCGUUGGAGGAGGGCAAGUCCAAAAAGGAGAGAGACCUACAGGACAUGCUCAGGCUCUUCACACAGGAGCGAGAUGAGCUGCAGAGACACCUGAAAGAAGUCAAGGCAGAUGCAGCCUCCGACAGAGAGCUGUGUGAGGCGCUGCGCAUCAAACUGGACAGGAUGAAAGAUGAGUGCGAUAAACUGGCAGCGCAACUGAGCUCAAAGGAAGACGCGCACUCCCUCCUCCAGAGAAAGCACCAGCUCCUCCGAGAAGAACUGGACCACAAAGUCAGGUCAAAUGAAAGGAGACGCACAUCAGAAUCGGAGCUGAUCCUGUUGAAAGAGAAGGUGUCAAAGAUGGAGGCCGAACAAGAGGCCGUGCUCACAGCCAUGGGAGAGGAGCUGGACAUCGCCUGCCGUCAACUCGCCAAGAACGGGGAGGACAAACUACAGGCAAUCUUGCAGAAGCCUGGAUUAGUGCGAGACCCCCACCGCUGGUUAGCUGAGACAAAGUCGAAGGUGCGCUGGCUGUGUGAGGAGGUGCGUGAGCGUAACAAAAGGGAGCAGAGCCUGAGGAGGCAGCAUCAGCACACCAAGGAUCAGCUGAAGGCCCUGAGGCACAGCCAAGACUCUGAACAAGCCGAUCUCCUACAGCGUUUAGACCAACAAGAGAAACUACUGCAUUCACUCAGCAAUGAGAAGCACGAGUUGUUGGAGAGAAGUCGUAAUAAGGAUGAUGAAAUGAGAUGUCUUCAAGAUCGAGUCUUGGAACUCGAGAUGAGCACCAGAGCAGCCCUGGACCGCCUCGAGGCCAUCCCAGAAAAACAGUCUCUUAUGGACAACUUUAAAGAUUUGGAGGAGUCCCAGCGGCAGAGGGAGGAAGUAGAGCAGCGAUAUUCCAAGUACAAGGAGAUCGUGUGGGACCUUCAAAAUCAGCUUGAUGAGUCCAAACGAAAGAUCCAGGAGUACAGGGAGGAGAAGUUGGACGCCACAUCACGGAGCCUGCGUCUGGCCGCUCUGUCCUCGUCCAUCAAAGGACCGGGCGCGUUCCUGAGCAGCUCCCUCAGAUCUGACUCCCUCUCUCCACCCAAACGCCUGAACACUCUAGAUCUGGGGAGCUCUACGAUGAACGGGAUCUUCUCUGAUUAAGUCCCCUACAGGAGAACUCUUGUCUGUCUGUCCAAAAUAAAUAUGGUGCUUCUUUCUCCUUGUGACCCUGAUUCUGCCCCCUUCAGGACCAAAACAUAAUGACACUGUACACCGCGGCCUUGCACUCAAACUACCCCUCCACUACCUCCAAAAAAGAGAGGGAUGAAGGAGGGGACGCACAAUUCAGAGCUUACCCAAAGUUUGCUGAGGAGUUUUGACACUGUAGAGCUAAGUGCACACUACUGUUUAAGUGUUACUAAUGCAAAAAGAAUGUACUUUUUAUGUGAAAACUAUGCUGUUACUAAUAUAACUUUAUAAUCCUACUAUGCCAAUUUUCUUUGUGCUACAUUGAUUUCUGACUUGGGCCCUGUAUUACAAAAUAUUAGCUGUUUGGAAAUGGGUUAGUGUGUUGCCAGAUAAUUGGUACAAACAUAUGGAAACUGGCAAUGUCCAAAAGGCAGUGUAUUUCAGUUUUACAAUUCCAAGCAAAACACUGAAAACAGAGAUAAAAUAAUGAGUUAAUGUGAUAUUUAUCCAUCCAUGGUCAAAAAGUGUUAGAAACCAGAAACCAGAAUAAUGAUUUGUGAUAAAUUUAAAGAUUCAAGACCUGGAGUAGAGCAGAAAAUGAACCAGAAUCAGAUAGAUGGGUGAGCCCUCCAACAGCUGCUUCCCACUUCAGCUCCAGGUAUUCCCAGUGGUCUCCCAUCCCAAUACUAAUUAGGCCUAACCCUGCCUUUAGGGAAUGCCGUUAAGCACAUACGCUGUAGUGUUUUUAGUAAACUCGAUUCCAUUAGUGUCUCUUGUAUCUUCUUUCUUUGUAUAUUCUUGUUAUAAUUGGCACUUGACAACACAGAUUUUAUCAGUUUGUAUUAGAAUGAUGAAAAAAUAGGAUUGUCGCCAGAGUAAUUAACAAUUAUAUAUCAUAAUAAUGGUGAAAAGUCCACAAAAUGCUGCCUAUAAAACAUGAACAUAGAAUAACAUAGAACGUGAUGCCUAUGAAUUGAAAGUUACACAGUGUGGCAUUUCAGGGCACUACCUCAUGCAAUAUUGUAAUACAUAUAUUUAAAAUGGUGGUUAUAGUGAAUCAGCAUAAACCCAGAGUUCACCUCAAAUUUGCCUUUUUCACCCUCCAUAGCUUUGUACUACAGGGCCCUAUACUUUUUGCACAAUAUGCAUUUUUAACCUAUCCCUAUCACACUUCCUCUCCACAAUGAAUUAUGCCAACGUGCAAACCUCCGUUCUAAGGUAACUAUUUUAAUAUUAUGCAGUAAUGUGUGUAUUUUAAAAACUGCACUGUAAGAAACGUAUUUUUUAUGGUUCGCAACAGAUUAAAAUGAACCUGAUGAGGC